AUCUGUAAACGUGUAAAACCCUUUUUCUCAGUGCAUCUGCUGCACCCCUUUGUCCUGUGCUCUGACCAUAAUUCAUGGAAAGUUUUAUAUUUGAAAAUCUGGCCGUGGAAAGGAGAAGGAGCAGGGUGCGUCGAAAUAAUGGAGAAACCGAGCACAGUUAUUGUUGCGUUAUAAAUCUAAUUAGAAUAUGUGAGCAUCCGGAUGGCCCGUAUCUGAAUAUGCACGUAGACUAAACCAAUUCCAACCCACCGCCUCACCUCCAACCGAGACUCAUUUCAUAUGCUCACCGCAUCUGGCCGCAUCUGAAAAUUGCCAAUGGCGCCGCUGCGUCUGGGGUAAUAAAUUUGAUUUGUUUCAAAUUACAGAAGAGAACGCAAUUUCUUUUUUUUAUAUUUCGUUUUUCUUUUUAUUUUUGGUUGCAUUUUUUCGGCUGAGCCGGCAAAUCGAAUUGAAUUUUGUUGAAUCCUUGGAGCUGCGGUUGCUUUCUGUGGGCAAUCUUCAUAAUUUACAUAAGCAAAUCAAAUUGUAAACGCAGUACAAAGACAAAGAAAGAGGCUGAAAACAGGGAGUCUGAGUCGUCUUUCAAUGGAACUAUGUUGAGUGGAUGGCGCAGAUUUUCCUUCUUGUUUUACAAAAAAAAAAUAAAUGUGUCAGCUUUUUGCGGAAAGCCUUCUUUGUUUAAGUCAAUGCGUCAGUGGAAAAUUUAGCUCAAGUGUGGCGAGAGUGUGGAGAAAGUUGAAAGGAUUGCCACCCGGAAAAUGAAGAGUGUGAAUCCUGGAAAACCAGGGCUAAAGGAAAAAUCACUUUGAAGUGAAAGUGUUCAAUAUGUGUGUGUGUGUGUGUGUGUGUGAGAGUGUGUGCCACUUUCUGCCCAACACUAGAUGCAACAAUCGUGGAACAACAAUCGUGGAAACUUGGCAACUCUGCUUGCCAGAAAUACAUGACAGGUAACUUUUUUUACUGGCGUGCAUCGUGAUUAGUGAAAAUUGUGUAAAAAUUUUUGUACAAAUUGUGGGAGCAUUGAGAAACCAAUUCUAUCAAAAAAUCGUGGAAAUUCUAUAUACAAAAACACCGAAAUUGGGACAGAAUGAAACCCUUCAGAUCGGCACCUUAAGGUAGUGUAAUAACAAUACCCUUCGUUUACGAAAAGCUUUAUCUUGGGGUUUCCCUGAUUUUCCAGAGCACCCUUUCUAAGAUCUUUAAAAAAUCGAAUCGAACAUUGUCCGGCGUUCAAUUUGCUGUCAACUCUUUGCUUACUAGGAGUGACAGAUUAGAGUCCCGGACACACAACAUAUUCUUUAGCAAUCUGCGUUUGCGUACGCACAUAUAUAUAGAUAUAUGUCGUUUGGAUCGUGAUUAGGCCAUAUCGGUAGCAAUGUCCACUGCCCUGGCAAUGGCAGCAGCGGCAUCCUCGGGUGCCACCGCGGCAGCAACAGCAGCAGCAGCAGCAACAACAACGACAACCAUUAGCAACACCACAGCGUCACCGGCAACCAACACCACUACCACCACCACCACUGUCUUGAACACCACCACAAAAAUUGAAGAAGGAGCAGGAGCCAUUGCUGCUCCCAAAGCUUUGGAAACCGAAGAAUCUGGAAAAGACGCAGCCGAAGAUUUGGAAUCUGGUGCCCCAAAACCAAGGAGGCAACGCAAGACUACGAUAGUACACACCUGCCCCCGACCGCCGGGUGGCUACAAGUACUCCAUGGAGUUUCUCUACGGGAUCGGCAGUGGCAUGGCUGGCAUGACUCUUAAUAUACCCACGCCCUCUUCGAUAACACCAAGAACGAUGCGAACCACGCCUCCUUUGCUAACCAACCCUAUGCCGUUACUGUCUACCAUGGGAGUGGCAACACCACGUACCGCUGGCUUCAGUUCAUCCGGAAUGCGUUAUCCCGCAGGAGUAGGAACCGCAGGUGCAAAACCAGCGACAGCGACAGCGGCAGCACCUGCAGCAGCAACAGCAGCGCCCACAACACCAACUACCUCUACAGGAUCAGGAGCCGAAGGAGUGACUGGAUCGGUUGCACCUGGUGGAUUGCCAACUGGCGCAGCGGCCAUGCCAGCUGCUCAGUUCAUCUACCAGGGAUACUUACCCACUGGGCCCCAGCGACGCUUGUGGCAUACGGAGAAUGCCGUCUGGCAGUUUGACAGAAAUUAUCCCUACAACCAGGCGUACUCCUCCCAGUAUGGGAUACCAAUGAUGCCGGUGGGCUUUGAGCAUCCAUAUGGACAGCGAAUUAUAUAUCCCGGAUAUUUCAAUCAGGCCACGGGCGGAAUACAUGCGGCAGCAGUGCCAGGAAUGGCUAGAACCAAUCGUCAUGUAGCCCAGCAGCCACAACUGUUGGCCCAGCCAGCGGUGGGUACCGAGACUAGCGAGGAAGCCGUUCCAAGCAUUGGAAAUGCUCCGCAGGUAAGCAGCCCCUGGCGUUAUGGCAGACCAGGAGCACAGCGCGGAUCCGGACGACAGGCUUUGCCCGCUGCAACGAGUACCACUGUAAUUCACAGGGAUUCAAAGACAUUCUAUAACAGCAUCACCGGCGGAAUGGGUGGAGGACCACGCUUUAAAGCUCCCUUUGUUGCGAAUUCCCGUAAUUUUCAGGCAGGAGCUGUUACAGCCGGAGGAGAAGCCACGGCAGCAGCGGUGGCCACAAAUUCUGCCACUGCAGGAGCAGCCAGCCCUAGCGAUCAGAAUUUGACCAAUAAGCAGGGAAAUCGAGGAGCUUCUUCUAAUAAUUAUUCCAGAAAUCGUAACAAGAGGGGUGGCAAGAGCUCGGCGAGCAAGGAUCAUACCUCGCACUCUUCCGGAUCUCUUUCGAAUUCCUCCUCGAAAUCCCAUUUGGACCGUCGGCAUAGUUCGAGCACAUCCAUUUCGACACCCAAGCAUCCGAAUCGCACUUAUAGGAACCGGAUGCGUUACAAUGUAGUAGAACCAGCGGAGCCAAAACCAGUGACACCAACCUCACCUGUGAGUACCUAUCAGCCACCACCUCUGCCACAACCUGGGAGUCGCAGAGCUGCCAAGUUUCAAGGAGCGAAUACAUAUCAAGGACAAACUGCCAAUCGACAGCAAUCACGUUACUAUCAGUCCCGUCACAUGGAUGGCUGUGUCUAUCAACCCGGACACUAUAUGAUUGGUGCAACGGGAGCACCAGUUUUGGGAUCCACAGCAGCAGCAGCAGCACCAGGAGUAGGAGGAGGAGGAGUACAAAUGGCAGGAGUAGCAGGAGGAGGUAUUACAGGAUCUAGUGGCGGCGGAGCAGCCACGGUCACGGCCAGCAGCGCCAACUCGGAGGGCGAGCAGCCGCUGGAAUCGGACUUUGAUCAGCGCCAGGAACUGGCUGACUUGGGUCUGGAUCCAGCCAAUGGCGGCUUAUCCUCCGACCUGGAGCCGCUAGGUUUUAAGCAGGACACCUCCGAGCUGGACGCCAACUCGUUGCUGCAAUCACGCCCAAGUUCCGAAGUUGACGGUGAUGAUGGCCACUCCUUUGUCAGCUUGGCUCUCAGUGUAGAGAGUGAUGUAACCGAGAGUGACCUCAGUGAUGCCUCCGUGGAGUCGGUGGUGCGGAAUAUAAUGGUCAGCUGCCUAGCCCUGGCCACUGGAGCUCAAGAGCCCGAUCUUAGUGGUCCAAAUCUGGUUCCCUACGGCGAUAUGCAUCAUCUUAAGGAGCUGGAGAAGAAGUCACAGCCAACUGGUCCAACCAACGGGUAUAGAUGCCAGAUGCAACAUCAUCAUUCGUAUCGCCCUUACCAUCCGCAACUCAGUCCCAGAGGAAUGAGUUGCUGCGGCGAUAUGUUGAGUCAGCCGUCGGACGAUUUGGUCUUUAAGCUGGACCAGCAGGAUGUCUUUGGCAAUGGGAAGAGACACUUGAAGGAGAUAGCUGAGGAGCAUGAUGACAACUCGGUGGAGUCCAAUCUAUCCUGCACUCCGUCCGCCUCUUCCAGCAAGAGUGACAUGCCUGGAACGGCUGCCAAGGCCAAUAUCAUAAUGAUAGAAGAAACUUCUGAGGAUGAGCUGCCCUUGGUGAUUCACAAUCGAUAUUGGCGCGAGUUCUUUGGCUAUACGCCAGCAGAUCGCUUUUUGCUCAGAGCCAAGUUAGUGGAAAUGAAAAGACCACCGAAAAACGAGGCCAAUAGAAAGAAAUGGGAGCCAUUGUCCCUUUCGAUUUGGAAGAAGUUCCUCGAUGCUCAGCAGACGCGGCAUGUUUACAAGACCAAGAUGAGACUAUGGCGUUCCAUUUACACAGUGGCCAUGACUAACUAUCCCAGAUAUGGCUUGUAUUUGGUGGGAUCUUCUAUCUCGAACUUUGGUUCCAAGUGCUCGGACAUGGACAUAUGCAUGUUGGCCUGCACGAAUCCCAACAUUGAUCCCCGCAUGGAGGCCGUUUAUCAUUUGCAACUGAUGAAGGACCUGCUAAAUCACACGAAUAUGUUCCAGGACUUCAAUCUAAUCGAAGCCAGAGUGCCCAUAUUGCGUUUCACCGACCGACAACAUAAAGUUGAGGUGGACAUCAACUUUAAUAACUCUGUUGGGAUCAGGAAUACCCAUCUCCUGUACUGCUAUUCCCAGCUGGACUGGCGAGUUCGUCCCAUGGCCUUGACGGUGAAACAGUGGGCCCAAUAUCAUAAUAUUAACAAUGCCAAGAAUAUGACCAUUUCGAGUUACUCCCUCAUGCUGAUGGUCAUACAUUUUCUGCAAGUAGGAGUUAAUCCUCCGGUUUUGCCAUGCCUGCACAAACUAUAUCCGGAUAAGUUUGGACUACUGCAGCCUAGUGAUUUUGGAUAUGUGGACAUGAAUGAGGUAAUGCCUCCGUAUCAGUCGGAGAACACCCAAUCUCUGGGUGAGUUGCUGCUGAGUUUCUUGCACUAUUACAGUAUGUUCGAGUAUGGAAAAUAUGCCAUUUCCAUACGGGUUGGUGGUGUCCUGCCCAUAGAAGUUUGCCGGGUGGCCACGGCACCCAAGAAUGAUAUACACCAGUGGAAUGAGCUGUGCAUCGAAGAGCCCUUCGAUCAGACGAAUACAGCCAGGUCAGUGUAUGAUUCGGAUACCUUUGAGCGGAUCAGAGCCAUAUUUAUGGCCAGCUAUAGAAGACUGGACACCGCAAGGACUCUAAAUUCUAUAUUCGAGGGUUAUGAUGGACCCACCAUUCUGAUGCAGCAGGCUACGUUAGAUUCGGAGAAUGAGUUCUUCGACGGUCAGAACCAGCAGAUGCUGGCUAACAGAGGCUCCUCCAGAUCUACUGGUAAGAUGACAUCAUCGCGACCUUCGACACAAAUGGUGGACAAGGCAUCGACUGCCAUUUGGGAUGAGAUAAAAAGAAAAGCGGAUAGCCUGGCCGGCAAAUGCAACAACAACAAUAAUGAUGAUGAUACGAACAGUGAAAGUGCUGGCACCAAAAACAAUAUCUCCGAGAAGAUGACCUCCAAGGAUGACUCUGUACGCACAGAGCCACCGAUUGCAUAAAAAAACUCUCAUCAUUAUCAUCACAAAUCAAAAUGAAAAUCCAAAAAAUACAGCACACAUAGAAGAACAAAAUCUACACCCACUCAUACAAUCCUCAUCCAAAAAAGAAUAGAAAAUCAUUUUAUAAAACCGGUAAUCAGGAUGUAAAAAAAAAUUGAAAGGUUGUGAACGGAAGUUUUUUGUAGUAGUUGCCGGACGCUCUUUUAAACCGAUUUAAAUUUGACGUUGGAUAAUUAAAUAUGCAUAGUAGGAAAUUAGCCGAUUUCGAUUCGAUUCACUAUAUGUGAAAUGACCAAAUAAAUAUGAAAACACUUCUAUAUCUAUCUCAACGCAAAGUCGGUCGCAAAAAAAACCACAAGAAUCUGCGAAAAAUGCAACAAAAUGUUUUCUCACUGUGUUUGCGUACCUCAACGACUAAACUUGUUUUCACAAGCUUCCGAGCAAGAUGAUUGCUUAAUAAACAUAAAUAAAGCCUGGUAAAACAAAUCACUAAAAAAAAAAAUCAACAAAAAAAUUAACAAAAUUUGAAAAAUGUAAAAAAAAUAUAUAUAAAUAUAAAUCAGUUUUGUAGAGAGUAGGGCCUUACACAUUUUUACAUCAAAAAAUUAGUACUUUUCUAGAAAAGUUUAGGUUUUUAGGUAAUAGACAAAAAUUACAAAAAAAGCUUUAAAAAAAAACAUAAAAUAAAUAAUAAUACAAAAAAAAACAUAAAACAUGAAAUUUGUAACAAAAAAUACAACAAAAUUUCUGACAAAACUGUGUAAAAUGUAAAAAACGCGCAAAUCUUCAAAAAAAUGCUUACGAGUUAUACGGUUGGGUUAGUUGCUCAGCCAAGAACUUAAAUAAACUUGAUGAUAGCGCCAAAAAAAA